AUGACAAGCUUCGACAUUGCCUUCGGCGGCGUCACCAUCGAGCCGAUCCUCAUCCCGGAACAGGACAGGAAUGGUCGCCCUAUGCUCCAAGCGGACUGGCUCGCUCGCGGAGUAUGGGAAGGUAACCGGGUGGCGUUUUUCGAUAACCGCAUCGUAGAUGCUGACGCACCCAGUUAUGCCAAGGUCAACCUGUCCUGGAAUGCCACCGCCAACAAAGCAGCUGCAACGAAGAAGCGGAAGUAUAAGCAUGCCGCUGAAGAGCUACGAGGCUCCUUUACUCCUUUGUGCGAACGCCUGCGACGAGCAGUGACGUCAGCUGUGUCGGAACAGGAGAAGCUGAAAGCCUGUCAAGAUCUCACUGACCAUGUGCAUGAUACCCAGAGAGAUCGGGAGUACAUGUACUACAUCCAGAAAACUGUAGUUGCCAGAGAUGAGCUGAAAUCACAGCAAGCCAUGUCAGCUGCUGGCAUCGAGCAGCCAGAUCCAACCAGCCAAUGCAAAGCUCAUUACACUUUUGAUUUUGCCCAGAAUGUUUUUUUGCCGAAGACCGCUCGUCAAGAGGGUCCGAUGUAUUUUAAGACUCCCCGCAAAGUCCAAGUAUUCGGAGUGUGCUGUGAAGGGAUCCCUAAGCAAAUCAACUACCUCUUGGACGAGAGCGACACCAUCGUCGCAGACGGCAAGAAAUCCCACAACCCGAACACAGUGGUAUCUGCCAUUCACCACUACUUCAAGACUCAUGGCCUUCAAGAGAACAUGUCCAGUCAAGAAGUAGCAAGGUUUGCUCAGGAGGUACGGCGACGGGGUGCCACACUGGAAAGUCUUCAGGCUGCUGUGCCUCCUGAGCUGCCGCAAUUGUCCUCCACAUCACGUAAAGUGACAUGGAAACCAUCACAAUACUUAUCAUACCCAUCAUCGUCAUCAUCAUGGACAUUCUGCUACUCAAUGGGAGAACGAUGGACUCCACUUCACUGGGCAGUCUACAGGAACAAGAUCAACGUUGUCAAGGUGAUGCUGUCACAUGACAGUGACGGUGUCACCUUGGAUACCACACUGCGUGACAGGUUGGACAAUACCGUACUCGAUGACAUCAUGCUUACUCAGACAGGGAGAACAGCGUUCGACCUAGCCAGGAAACACGAUCAUGAGGGAUGUGUGCAGUUGCUGGUGGAUCACGAGAGUGCGAAGAUGCAACUAAAGGAGAAAGAGGAGCUUCGAACUGCUGCCGUGGCUGAGGACAUCAUUGGUGGCAAGGACGAGGCCAGCGUGGUACGCGUGCGUAUGUACCUUGUCGGCAAGUACGCCACAGGAAAGUCCAGCUUUGUCCGGUCACUGCUCGGUGAAGAGUUCAUUGAAAACGCGGACAGCACCGACUCCAUUUCCAUCCAUCGAUCCAGACUCAGAAUGCAUCUCUCCUCUUCAACCGCCACAGGCACACAAGCAGCGGCACAAGUUCUUGUGGACGACAGUCAACAUAGUUUCUUUGCCAAUCUUCUCACAGCUCGUAUCCGAUCAUCUCUAGAUCUGGUCAAGAAAAUCAAGGGGGCUCCAGAGAUACCCAUCACUCUACCCAAUGUUCCACAACCAUCUGCAUGGUUCAAGCUGAAGGAAUUCGCCAUGUCCCUACUUCCAAGUACUGCUUCGUCUACUUUCCCUACUGCCUCCGCUACCGGCACCGUAGCAUCUGCUGCAUCCGCUGUCAACAAUGAGUUUGCCAAUGUUCCCCACGCUGAUAAACUGACCAAAGUGGCACCAGAUGUUAUCUCUCAAGUUCGCUCGUCUGUCAGCAAUGUGGAUAACAGUUCAAAUGAAGCGGAAGCAGCAUAUGCGUUUGUUGAGCUGUGGGACAUGGGUGGACAGAUGCCGAUGUUGGUACAACAAAGCAUCUCGUUUUCAGUUUGUGACAGCGUGUACAUUGUGACUCUUGACAUGAGGUGUGACCUGGAUGAGGAGGUAACGGAAGACGUCUACCGCUUUGAUGGUCAGGAGGUUGUAACUUGCACACCGUUGCCAGGAAUGACGCAGGCUGACUACCUUCACAUGUGUCUGUCACUGAUUGCUUUGCAGCAUAGGGCAGACACACACACUGACCAGCAGCAACAGCAGCAGCAACCAGACACAGAGACGGGUAAGAACAGUAGCAGCAAUGGCAGCCACCAUCAUGAUGAGAGUAGCACAGCCGUCAUGGUUGUUGUUACACAUGUGGAUCUUGUCGACGACAACCAGAUGGAGAAGAAGAAGAAGCUGUUCUUCAAUGCCGUGUCCAAGCUGGCUGAAAGGGCCGGACCCAAAGUCAAGAUCUGUGGACCCUUCUUUGUUGACAAUCACCGUCUUCAAGAUCGAGUAUCGCGCCACAGCCAGCUCGCAGAAGCACAGCAAGAGCUCUCUAGAAUUGUGUCUGCCUUUCCCGUCCAAGCAAUUCCCUUGAUGCAGGUGAAGAUAGAAGAAGCUAUUUCUCUCCACCAGAAGCAAAUGCUGCGCUCUGCAAAGGCAGGGUGCAGUGAUAAGCAGCAGCAGAGUUUUGUCAGCAUGGUCUACCCCCAGUUUGUAGACUUUUGUCGGCAUGUUAGCGGCAAAGAUCUCUCGCGGACACAAGUGUCUGAUCUACUGCAUGACCUUCAGCAACAUGGAACAGUAUUCUGCUGUGACUGCCCGCAUCCAGACACUUCAAGUGUCAUCUUCCUGGAACCUCAGCAGCUGCUACUCAGCUUUGUACGCUUGAUGACCUUCCCUCUAAAGGAGACAGCUUUUCCAAGCACCUCGGCAACAUUAGUCAAAGAUGUGAAACACUUUCGCUGCACGGGAAUUGCCAGUGCUAGCCUAAUAGAGAGAGUUUGGUAUCCACUAAGCCAUGUUGUUCAGCUAGCCCUCUGCAAAUCCAUGUGUUACUUCAAUCUGGCAGCAGAGCUUGAGCCCACCAGCAGCACAGCCACGAGCAGCACAGCCACCAGCAGUACAGCCACCAGCAGUACAGCCACCAGCAGGACAGCCACCAGCAGUACAGCCACCAGCAGCACAGCCACCAGCAGCACAGCCACCAGCAGCACAGCCACCAGCAGCACAGCCACCAGCAGCACAGCCACCAGCAGCACAGCCACCAGCAGCACAGCCACCAGCAGCACAGCCACCAGCAGUACAGCCACCAGCAGUACAGCUUCCAGCAGUACAGAUACCAGCACCGGAGCGUGUGGCAGUGGAGUCGGCAGCAUUAGCAGCAGCAGCAAGAACAGGAGCAGACAAGGCAGAUCUCUGGUUGUCACGCCAGGCCUACCCGACCUCUUCAUCCCGUUCUGUUGCAACCAGGAAGCAUUACGGUUGGUUUUGGAGGAUGAUGUUCCCUUUAAGCUACCGUUUAACCACCUCAGUUUCCCUGGGAUGCUGUUUCCUCCACCACUGUUCGGUCGCUUAGUCACCUACAUAAUUCAUCGUAUGAAGAAAGAGUCGGCCAGUCUUCAGUUCACAUCCAGUGCGGCAUCACUGAAUUUGGAGGUUGGUUGUAGUCAAGUAUGCCUUUGCUGGACACCGACAGGUGUUCGCUUAGAAUGCGCUGCUGAUACACCAUCCAUACUUGCUGAUGUGGCUUGGGAUAUGAAGAAUGCAAUUGUUGGCUUCACACAAGUUCUCAGCCGCCAAGGGUACCAGCAGUUUGCAGUUGUUGGCGAGUCUUUCGCCUGCACUUCCACAUCAUGCCAGGAUCUCCUGAAGGAAUGCAGCAGUCCUGCAGAGGUGCUGGUACACUCGUCGUGGGUGUUGCUGACCAGCUCGCACAAGAAGCAUUUCUUGACAGCGUACAAGUCGGAUAGCAGCACCGCUCUGACCUUCAAGGCUACGUGUGCUACCUGCAAAGAGAGGGUCAUUGUCCCGAGGUCCUUCUGGCCCUGGCUGCGUAAGGAUGUGCCAUUUGUCCAAGCUGAGCAGUCACUAGCAGCACCAGCGGCACAAGAAACAGCAGUGCAAGCAACAGCAGUAGAUGAGGAUGAGAAGUCGUACGGCGACCCAUUCCAACAGCGUGCCUUUCUAACCGAUAUUUCGCCUUGGUUGGGCAAGUUACCAGCGGGAACAUUUCGUACAAAGGCGCAAGAGGCCGGGUUCUUCACCGAUCUGCAGCAGAUAGAAGACUUGAAGAGGAUUGAGAAACUACAAGGAACACGCACUCACAACGAAGAGUUGGUCAACAUUGUAAGCAGCGAGGAACAGGCCGGCUACAUCAAGCUGGUGAAGCUCAUCAAUGGCUGGGGUAACUAUCCCGACAAGGUCAACAAGAUGAACCGGCUUCUGCCACGACGGGCUCGUGUGUAAAUGAUUGAGGUUUCAAGCAAUUCACGCAGCAAGUGCUGGUCCUGUUCUCUCUCUCUCUCUCUCUCUCUCUCUCUCUCCCUCUCUCUCUCUCUCUCUCUCUCUCUCUCUCUCUCUCUCUCUCUCUCUCUCUCUCUCUCUCUCUCUCUCUCUCUCUCUCUCUCUCUCCUCUCUCUCUCCCUCUCUCUCUCCCUCUCUCUCUCUCUCUCUCUCUCUCUCUCUCUCUCUCUCUCUCUCUCUCUCUCUCUCUCUCUCUCUCUCUCUCUCUCUCUCUCUCUCUCUCUC